ACUCUUCCGCUGCUGUUUGGUUCCGAGAUACAAAUAUGGCGUCCGCCGUGCUGAAGGUUGCAGUUGCAGGUCUUUCCAGAUGUUCUCGUCUCACACUCCUGAGGGCACAUUCAACGACAGCGACCCUUCAUCAGGGUGUCCCUGGAUCACUGUGGAAGCUGGGAAGAUUGAACCACAUUGCCAUUGCUGUCCCUGACAUGGAGAAGGCCACAGCUCUGUAUCGGGAUGUGCUGGGGGCCACAGUGAGUGAAAAGGUGCCCCUGCCCGAGCAUGGUGUCUACACAGUGUUUGUGGAGCUUGGCAACACCAAGCUGGAGCUGCUCCAUCCUCUUGGGGAGAAGAGCCCGAUAGCUGGCUUCUUACAGAAGAACAAAUCUGGAGGGAUGCACCACAUUUGUCUUGAGGUAGACAACAUCAAUGCUGCAAUAGCCGACCUGAAAGCAAAGAACAUCAGAACUCUGUCAGCAGAGCCCCGAAUAGGUGCUCAUGGGAAACCAGUGAUGUUUCUUCAUCCCAAAGACUGUGAUGGUGUGCUGGUGGAGCUUGAAGAAGCAUGAAGACCUCAGUCUGACAGGGACUAUGGAAGCUGUUAAUUCACAUUUAUGUAUUCUACAGUCAGUUGUGACUAUCACUACGAUAACAAAUGUUGAUUUUGUAAUACUCUUCCUUGUUGCCCUUAGGUUUUGAUUGUCUCAUUUCAGAAAUGUGCCUCAAAGUUGUUCUUCCAGUUCUGUUUCAGUGCUGUUGUUGCUGGGAAUAAAUAAUAGUGUGGUGUGUGUUUUGGCAAGAAGUGUAAUUCCAAUGAAUGUUCAAUGACUGUCCAUUUACCUUUGAGUCCGAAGUCUAACUUCACUCCACUAUCCUACUACACAACUGUAGUAGGAUGACUGUAUACGGUAUCCAGUGUUCUGCAGGAACAAACUAAUUUAAACACAUUUUUGAAACAUUUGCAAUAUCUAAAAUCCUGUUCCAGUUCAUGAAUUUACAUUAACUACCUAGAAAGGUAAGAUAUAUUAAAUGUUUUGGAAUUUUAUGCUGUAACAUUAUAAAAUUUAAAGCUCUGCAACUCUUAAAAAAGUUUUCAUUUCACUAUAUUGAUGCAGAUUUCAAAAUGAAAAGAGCUGAAUUGAAUAAAAUAUAUGUAUUAUAUUUAAUCUAGUAUUUAUAAUACAAUAUUUUUUAACUUUCAUAGACCAAGUUCCCUAAUAGGAUGGCACAUUUGCUAAAAGUCUAGACAUAGUUUCCUGUAUAUAAAAAAAAUAUGUAUUUAUUGUGGUUGAGUGUUAAUAAUAUGUAAUUUAAAACCAUGUCAAAACACAUUCUAACAUUAGUACUGUUGGUUGUUGUCUUGUUAAUCCUAGAUCACUACUAGAGCAUGUGACACUUGUACCAACCAUAGAUAGGCACAGCAACAACAGUCUGUCUCCCUGAAAGAAAACAAAUGCCUGAUUACAAAAGAGGGGAACUUGUGGUGACACAGGUCUAUUAAAUAUUUCACUUACACUUCCCUAAUUCAUUUCUGAGUUGGAAAUCCCUCAAGUACUUUGGUUUAUAUAAGCCUUCCAGAGCCAGAAAAACAACACUGAACAUACUUUAACUUUAAAAACUAAUCUUUGAAAGUAUCAGUUGAAGGAGAUCAUAACAGUCUAUGAAAUACUCAAAAGCACAAAAGACCAAUGGCAAUUUGUUAAUGUUUAAAGAUGUGAUAGUUUCUUCAAACUACUUAUUUUCGAUAUUUGGUAUAUAUUUUCUAGAGACCGCAAGCUCUGAGGAAAACAGUAAUUAUGUUCUUCACAUUCAGAUAAACAUAGUGAUUAUUUUGUUGAUGACCAGCCUGUAGAACCUCCUUCAACUAGCCAAAGUUUUUGCGCUCCAUAAGUUUAAACACAACAACAGCUGUGUCUUCAGAAGCGUUUCAUUUGUAAAGAUAUAAAACAAGCCCUAGAAACCCUUGGAUUUAUAAAGGAAUUUUUGGGGGGCUUGAGGGACAUUUAAAUAAAGGUGUUACCUGACUACCUAGUUCUGUUUUUCUCUGGAAAUGGAAGUGAAACAGACCGUUGGCACUAUAAUUACAUCUCUUUGUAAAGCUCGAUUUAGACCAUUCAAAUUACUUAUGUUUUUUUUUGGUUUUUUUGGUUUUUUUUUACAUUGAGACAGCAAUAAAAAAAUGAGACUUAUCAGAAUCCAGAGGGUUCAGUUUAUUUGGUUUGAUUAACAGCUCCUGGCAUAGAACACAGCAAAUACAUAGUACUGAUGUUGAUGUAGCUGAUAGCAGAGAGAAGUGUGAGAUAUAAGAGUGGGAUUUGAAUGUAUUAGCUCUCAGAGUUUUAGUGUAAUAAAGAGGAAAUGGCAAAAACAACAUGAGCAUAUAAGGUUU